GGCAGGCAGGCAGAGGAGCGCGUCGGCGGCUGCCAGAGAGCCUUCCUAGGGCAAAAAACUCUUCGGACUGUCCGGGGCAGGCGGGAAGAAGCGGGCGGAGCUCCAGCGCUUUGGCCGAAGAAGCGGCUUUUGCAGAAGGGAUCUAGGGACGCCCGGAACUCUAUUUGACUUUAACCCCACCUCGCCUCGCCGCCUUCGGGAUCUGUUUCUCGGGCUGCUUUGGGGGACUCUGCGGGGAAGGGUGCGCGUUGGAGAGCUGGCGAGGCGCAGGGACUCGAGGGCUGCAGCGGGAAGCCUUCCCCGGCUCGUCGUCUCCAGCCGGGUCCUUUCGGUCUCCUUCGUCCCGGACUUUAAACUAUUCAAGUCAGCUUGCCAUUUCGGCCCCUUCCCCAACUUGCGGACGGAAGGCGGUGCGCGCCUCGCUAUGUGACAGCAGGACGGAUCCAAACGGUGCAAGAUGUUGACGGGGCGGAUUUGGGGGGCUAGCCCAGUUUAGGCCGGACCCACAUCAGCCCCCCGCUGGAUCGGUUGCCCUCCCGGUCGAAUCAGAGGGUCGCUAUGACAGAGAUGAAGGCCAAAGGGGACACCAGGGCUCACGCCUCCUCCUCCGACCCCCGGGACGGCUCGCUCCUUUUGCGCGCCCCCCACCCCUCUGAGCUCGGCUCCUUCCGAAAGGAGACCGUCGAAGCGCUCGAUCUGUCCCUGGACGGGCUGCUGUAUCCCAAAAGCAGCGACGAUGAGGAGGAAGAGGAGGAGGAGGAAGACGAGGCCAAGGCGUACCUCCCGCCGGAGGAGGGGAGCGCGAAGGGUAACUCCUCCUCGAUCCGAGCAAGCUGCGGCUCCCCGGCGGACAAGGAUGCCUUGGACCGGGUCCUAGACACCUUCCUGGCCCCCUCUUCCUCCCCGGCCAACUCGGGCAGCCCCCCCGCCGCCUGGUCUUUCUUCGGCUCGGAGAUCGCCGAGUUCCCCGGAGCGCUCAUGAACCGCCGCGCCCCCGACGGCAAAGCCAGCGACGCGCCGGCCAACGCGACUCCCCUGCUGCCGCUUUCCCCGACGGCCCCCUCGUCUUCGCCCUGGAAGGCGGCGAAGGAUGCGGACGGCGCCGUCUUCAGAAGCCCCCGAGCGAAGGAAGCGGCGCCCGCCGACGCCUCCAAGGGCGAGCCCGCCUUCGCGCUGCGGGACCCCUCCGAGUCGGACGGGGCCUCGGACUCCGGCGCCAACAGCCUCGUGGCCGCCGCGCCGUCGGGCCGCGUUCCCGGGGCCGCCGCCUCCGCCGCCGGCGACUUCCAGCCGGGCCUCAAGAUCAAGGAGGAGAGCCUGGGGGGGGCGGUGGCCGGGCCCCCUCCGGCCCCGCACGGCGACGGCGGCGCCUAUCUGGGCGGCAAGAGCUCGCCGCUGGCCGUGGCCAUCUCCUGCGCAGACUACGCGCCGCCUCUGCCCAAGACCCCGGGAGGCGGCGGCGGCCACCACGAGGCCUCCUCCUCCUCCUCCUCGCUGGAGUCCGUCCUCUACAAAGCGGAGGUCGCCGCCGCCGCCGCCGCCGGUGGCUCUUACGGGCCAGCGCCUUGCAAAGCCUCCACCAGCUGCAUCGUGCCCCGGGACAGCCUCAGCCUGCCCUCUACCUCCAGCACGGCCCCUGCGGCCUUGUACCAGCCGCUGGCCCUUCACGGCCCUCAGCAGCUGGCCCUGCCCCCCACUGGCAUCAAAGACGGCUUCCCCCAGCUCUACCCGCCUUAUCUGAGCUAUAUAAGGUCGGAUGCAGAAGCCGGCCAGAGCCCGCAGUAUACUUUUGAAUCAUUGCCUCAGAAGAUAUGCCUCAUUUGUGGUGAUGAAGCCUCAGGAUGUCACUACGGAGUUCUUACCUGCGGAAGCUGUAAAGUCUUCUUCAAGAGAGCGAUGGAAGGACAGCAUAACUAUUUAUGUGCCGGGAGGAAUGACUGUAUAGUUGAUAAAAUUCGCCGGAAGAACUGUCCUGCGUGUCGCUUGAGGAAGUGCUGUCAAGCUGGCAUGGUACUUGGAGGUCGAAAGUUUAAGAAGUUUAACAAGGUCAAAGUUCUGAGAACGUUAGACGUCAUCGCACUCCAGCAGCCCGCAGCCCAUCCGACGGACAGCCAAGCCCUCGCUCAGAGGCUCUCCUUUUCUCCAAGCCAAGAGAUCCAGUAUAUUCCUCCGCUGGUCAGCAUCUUGCAGGGCAUCGAGCCAGAGGUGGUCUAUGCUGGUUACGACAACACGCAGCCAGAAACGCCGAGCGCUCUGCUGACUGGCCUCAACCAACUAUGUGAGAGGCAGCUUCUUUGUGUAGUCAAGUGGUCCAAGUCAUUACCAGGAUUCCGGAAUCUGCAUAUUGAUGACCAGAUAACCCUAAUCCAGUAUUCCUGGAUGAGCCUAAUGGUGUUUGCCAUGGGGUGGAGGUCUUAUAAGCACGUCAGCGGUCAAAUGCUUUACUUUGCACCCGACCUAAUACUAAAUGAACAGAGGAUGAAGGAAUCGUCAUUCUAUUCACAGUGCCUGUCUAUGUGGCAGAUCCCCCAGGAGUUUGUCAAGCUCCAAGUCUCUCAGGAGGAGUUUCUCUGCAUGAAAGCCUUACUUCUCCUCAGUACAAUUCCUUUGGAAGGUCUCCGAAGUCAAAACCAGUUUGAGGAAAUGAGAUCGAGCUACAUCAGAGAGCUGGUCAAGGCGAUCGGGUUGCGGCAGAAGGGAGUGGUAGCCAGUUCACAGCGAUUCUACCAGCUUACUAAAUUGAUGGACUCCAUGCAUGAUCUUGUGAAGCAGCUGCACCUCUACUGUCUGAACACAUUUCUCCAGUCGCGGGCACUGAGCGUUGAAUUUCCAGAAAUGAUGUCAGAAGUCAUCGCAGCACAAUUGCCCAAGAUUCUCGCGGGAAUGGUGAAACCUCUUCUCUUUCACAAAAAGUGAAACAUCUUUCCCCCACCCACCCCUCUCUGCCUCUCUUUCAUUUGUAGA